GUAGAUCAAUGAAUCCAGUCGCCAACACUGUUUUCUGUGCAUCACUAGGUUAGUAGCUUCCUCCUUGUUUCCAUACUAAUAAAUUUUCACGUUUGAUUGACACACAUGCCGGAGUAGAAAGUCAACAUGUGACCUAGAACCUCCUUUGCAACUCCAAUUGCAUUAGUUUCAUUACAUAAUCUUAGGAGAAGGAGAGAAACAGGACGAUGAAGAACCACAAAAGGGAGAAGAAAAUGUCAUUUGUGCCAUUGUUAUGGACCACCAUUUUAUUUCUCUUCUUUAUUGUGGACCCUGCUACUUCAAGCCUGGAUGGAGUAAGUGCUUCCUCCAAACAGAGACGUGAGGAGAUUGCUGCGCGUCAUGGUGCAGUUGCUACUGAUGAUGGCCGGUGUUCGAAAAUUGGGAUGGAUGUUCUUCGGAUUGGCGGGCAUGCUGUUGAUGCAGCAGUGGCUGCUGCGCUUUGCUUGGGCGUUGUAAGCCCAGCAUCAAGUGGCAUAGGUGGAGGAGCCUUCAUGCUUGUCAGGGAAUCUAAUGGGAAGGCACAAGCAUUCGAUAUGAGAGAAACAGCUCCAAUGAAAGCUUCCCAGAAUAUGUAUGCUGGCAAUGCUACUCUAAAGGCAAGCGGUGCCCUCUCUGUAGCUGUGCCAGGGGAACUUGCAGGCCUUCACAAAGCAUGGAAAGAACAUGGAAGGCUUCCAUGGGCAAGGCUUGUAAAGCCAGCAGAGAAUCUUGCUAGGAAAGGAUUCAAAGUUUCACCAUAUCUCCGGAUGCAGAUGGAAAGUACAAAGUCAGCAAUCUUGGCAGAUAAGGGGCUCCGUGACAUCUUCACAUCAAAUGGGGAGCUUUUGCAAGUAGUAGGUGACAUCUGUUACAAUAAGAAACUAGCAGAAACUCUUCGAAAGAUUUCAAUAUACGGUGUGGAUGCUUUCUAUAAUGGGUCGAUUGGAUUUAAUUUGGUAAGAGAUAUUCAGAAAGCUGGAGGGAUACUGACAGUUGAUGACCUGAAAAAGUAUGAAGUUAAAAUGAGGGAACCAAUCUCAGCAAAUAUUCUAGGCCUUAAAAUUCUUGGCAUGCCACCUCCCUCCUCAGGGGGUGCUUCAAUGAUGCUUGCACUCAACAUUCUUGCUCAAUAUGGAGUCCCUUCUGGUAUUUCAGGUUCACUUGGAAUCCAUAGACUUAUUGAAGCUUUGAAACAUGCAUUUGCGGUGAGGAUGAAUCUGGGUGAUCCUGAUUUCGUGGAUGUUUCUAAAGUUGUAGCGGAUAUGCUCUCUCCGAAGUUUGCAGAGGAGUUGAAGAAAACCAUUUAUGACAACAUGACUUUUGGCCCCGGUCACUAUGGUGGAAGGUGGAACCAAAUCCAUGAUCACGGCACCAGCCAUGUCUCCAUUGUGGAUAUCAAGCGAAAUGCUGUAUCUAUGACUAAUACAGUGAAUGCAUACUUCGGUUCAAAGAUACUGUCACCAAGUACAGGAAUAGUUCUCAAUAAUGAAAUGGAUGACUUCUCCAUGCCCACAAAUAGCUCUGGAAAUACUCCACCCCCAGCACCACCCAAUUUCAUCCGCCCUGGCAAAAGGCCCUUAUCAUCCAUGACACCUACAAUAGUACUGAAGGAUGAGAAGCUGAGAGGUGUGGUGGGUGCUAGUGGAGGAGCUAAUAUCAUUGCUGGGACUACAGGGGUUUUCUUGAACCAUUUUGCUCGGGGGAUGGAUCCUCUCUCUUCUGUCAUGGCACCAAGGAUCUACCAUCAGCUGAUACCCAACGUGGUGACAUACGAGAACUGGACAACUGUGAUUGGAGACCAUUUUGAAGUUCCUGCACAUAUCAGGAGAGACCUUCAAAAGAAGGGCCAUGUACUACAGGGCCUAGCUGGUGGGACUAUCUGCCAAUUUAUAGUUCAUAAAUUAGAUGCUUUGAGGGGAAAUGGAGGCCUUGUAGCAGUUAGUGACCCAAGAAAAGGAGGGUUCCCUGCCGGUUUCUGAUGAGUCAUUUUGUUGGACUGUGGGAGAGGCAGAUCUUUGCUCUCUUCUAGCUGUUGGCUUAAAUGGUGGCAACUGAAUAUUGGAACUCAACUUAAUUCGCCAGUUAAUGGAACUUGAGUAGAUUUUAUUUUA